AUGAACUCGAGUGACACUGAUAAUGACUGUGAAGACUUUGUUCUUAAUGGCCAAGGGAAAAAGAGUAAACGGUUUGGUAAAGCGAUAGAUGUCGCCAAGAAAAUGAACAUCCAAAGCCACGAGACUGGGAAUGACUUUCAAAACCGCCGACCACGUAAAGAAGAAGAGUUUGCUAAAUUCCAUGAAAGUUCAUUUUCGUAUCGCGUUAGAAUUAUAACAGAUGGAAAUGUAGCUGAAGUACCUGUUUGUUGUAAGGCUUUCCUUUCUUUACAUGGUAUAACAAAGAAAAAAGUUGAAGUGUUGCAAAAAUCAUUAAAAAUGACUAGAAAAGCCCCUACUGCUAUGCGGGGAAAACAUUUUAACAGACCACAAAAAUUAAAACCUGAUGCUAAACAACAAGAAGAAAAUAGAAGUAAAAUAGAAAAACUGCAACUUCGUAAAAAGAAAGCUGCAGUGUUUCAUGAGAGAGAAAAUGCUGCAAAAUUAUCUAGUCGAGCAAAUAGCGAUUAUGAAGCAAUAUCUAUGAGCAAUAUGCAUGGAUUUUGCGAAAAAUCUACAAGUGCCAAACAUCAUAACAAAUGA